UCAAUCUCUCUCUCUCUCUCUCACACACACACAAUCUUUCAUUUUUCAAUUAAAUUAAAUUAGUCAAAUUCUGGAAAAGUAGCAAAGUUUGAUUAUGGCUCAGUAUUAUGAUCUUGAUGACAUCUUAGCAGAUGAAGAGCUUGUACCCGUGGUUUUUCUGGAAGCAGUAAACGGAAUUGGUUUGGUUGAUUCCACUGAAACAGUCAGGGUUGAACCCAAGUCGAAGGCCGAAUUGCCGUUUUGGCUUGCGAAAGAGUUGCAUCUGAGACAGGCGGUGUCUGUCAGCGUUCCUCCGUGCUAUAAUAACAAAACCCGGGAAGAAAUUGGGGCUGAUGGUGCACACGUGGACUUGAGAUCUCGAUGCUCAUACUUUUAUGAAUUAGGAUGUAAAAUUGUGCAGUUGAUUGGUGACAAGACCAUUGGAUCUUUACUCUUGGUUGCUUUCCAGACAAGGUAUAAGGAGGUCUUGAUUAAGGCACAUACUGCAGCAUCCGUGCUGACCCCGAAGUAUUUAUCACUAUUAACAAAAGAAGAAACAAAAUUGUAUGAUGCUGCCAAGUCGUCAGCUGUAGCGUUUAAGACUUGGCGAAUGGGUGGGCCAAGAUUACAGAAAGCUUCAGUUCUUGGCAGAAAGAGGAAGCCACUUGGGGAGUAAUCUCUCAUUGGGUCAACCAAGGGCAGCCAACUUGGGAUUGCGUGUUGUAGAGGCUUAUUGUUGGUUACUGAAGUUCUGUUAUAAAAUUACAAUGUGCUAACUUACAUAAACUAUAAAUUAACCUUCUGAUCUUUUGUUCUUUCUAAUUUGUUUCAUUCACCCCAUACCCCACAUAUAUGUGGGAUUGGGCAUCGUUGUUGUAACUUGUUACAAUUAAAUGCUCUUGGCAAAUUGGUUAUUGAAGGAAACAUAUUUCUUUGGUUA